AUGAGCCAUGGAGUGAGAACUGCUCACUGGAUCCAGAUGUGCCGUCAGCUGUACCUCCUCCCACCCCUCUGCUGUGUGAAGCCAGGCUGCACCGCCCCGGCCCCGGCUCCGGCCCCGGCUCCGGCUCCCGCCCCGGCCCCGGCACGCCUCCCGCCGCAGGCUGCUCCCGGCGGGACCGGGGCUGAAGAGGAGAUCUAUGAUGAUGUGGAGCCAGUGGGGCCCCCCAGGGCAGGCCGAGGCUUCCAGCUGCCCAGUGUGUUCCGGCCGUUGGCGUCCCCCCGCCCCGCAGCAGGUGGAGAUGCUGGUCGAGCUGCUAACAGGGCUGCCUUGCUGGCAGCUGCACAGAGAGAAGCCCAAGUCUCCCAGAAGAUGAAGGCAGUGGCACUCAAGGAAAGCAAGAAGGAGAAGCUGGACAGGGAGUUUCAGAAGAAAUUCAAGUUUGAAGGAAGCAUCAAUGUCCUGACUCAGAUGAUGGUUGACCCAGCAGCAGUGGAGAAGAGGGGUGGAGGGAAGAACCUUCCCCUGAGGCGGGGAGAGAUCCUCGAUGUCAUUCAGUUCACCAACGAGGAGCAGAUCUUCUGCCGGAACAGCCAGAGGAGAUAUGGCUAUGUGCCUCGGGCCGUGAUGCUGCACCUGGACACUGACAUCUACGAUGACGUCGAGAUUUAGGGUUGAGUGAUCCAUGCUGGAGCCAAAGGCACAGGACAGCAGCACCAGAGUCCCCUCCAGGGGUUGGGACGUGACAGCACUGUUUGGCACACUCCUGCUUUGGAAGGAGCUCUGCUUCCUCCUGAGAUAGCCACAGAAGCCACCAUGUCCCUACUGGGACAGCAGCAAGGCCACCGAGCGUGCUGGGAGGUGGCAGGGGAGGUGGCAGGAGGGUCAGAGGCAUCCUCAGCUCAAACCUUCUCUGUGGAUUUAUUUGUUCUGUGUAAAAUCUGGCAAUGGUUUGAGAGGCUUCUGUGGUCUUAUUUGUGAGGGGGGAGAGUA